CUCCGUCAGCGAGAUCUCGCUGCUCAAGCAGAAGAGCUCCUCCACGACGGACGUGGGCGUCAUGACGCAACCCAUCGUGCCCAUCGACCACCCCAUCCUGACGGCGAACGCCCAGAGCCUGGGAGACGAGAAUCUGAUGUACGGACAGGCCCCGUGGGGUCGGUCGGUGGACGUGGACCCCGACGGCCAGAACCGCGUCGCCGCCUCGGGCCGGCCCACCUCCCGCGUGGGGCCCAUGGGGCCGACGCCGCGUCGAAGCCAGCCUGCCGCCACAGUGUCCAACCACAGCGGCGGCCCCGUGAGCCCCGGCCGCUACCUCGCCAACCGCAAGGAGUACGAGGACGACGAGGAGGAGGACUCAGUGGCAUGCUCCUCGGUGUCCGACUGACCUCAGGGGUGCGCCGGGCAGCUGGGCCUGGCGUGUACCCGCGGCUACGACGACGACAGCGACGCGCUGGACGGCGUCCCCCCAGCACCGCAGCCCCCCAUGGCCAGGAGGGGCUCGCAAGGACAAGUACUGCACCGCUCGCCCGGGGCCCGCGUCCCGCAGCCCCAGCAGGGGCCCCCGCACUCGCAAGGGCACUGGGGCUCCCAGGGCGACGGCGUGCACCAAGGACACUACGCCGGCGACGUGCCGCACGCCGGCCAGGGCGGUUUUCGCGGCUCGCAAGGUGACGGCAUCCAUGGCAACCAGAGCCAGCUGCAAGGCCCGCAGCACCAGGGCCCGCCACAUCAGGGCCCGCCACAUCAGGGCCCGCCACAUCAGGGCCCGCCACAUCAGAGUCCACAUCAGGUUCCACAUCAAGGCCCACAUCAGGGCCCGCAGCACCAGGGCCCGCAACAUCAGGCGCCACAGCACCAGGGCUACCAGACGGACACGGCGCACGUCAAGCAGAGCUACAGGAGCUCCCAGCCGGACCACGGGUUCAGAGGGUCGCAGGGGGAAGGGGGCCACGGGGGCCACGGCUCCAGGGGCCCGCAGGGUGACGGCAUGCACGGCAGGGGCUCGCAGGGCGACGGAAUGCACCAGGGUAUGCGCGGGCCCCAGGCUGACGGCAUGCACCAAGGCAUGCGGCAGAGUGACGGCAUGCACAGUCAGGGUAUGCGGGGCUCUCCAGGGGAUGGUAUGCACAGCAAUCAGGGUAUGCGGGGGUCACCUGGUGAUGGAAUGCACAGCAAUCAGGGUAUGCGGGGGUCACCAGGUGACAGCAUGCAUGGAAACCAAGGCAUGCGGGGGUCACCAGGUGACAGCAUGCAUGGAAACCAAGGUAUGCGGGGGUCACCAGGUGACAGCAUGCAUGGAAACCAAGGUAUGCGCGGAUCCCCUGGUGAUGGCAUGCAUGGUAACCAAGGUAUGCGCGGCCCUCCGGGCGACGGCAUGCACCAAGGUAUGCGGGGGUCCCAGGGCGACGGCAUGCACAUGAACCAAGGUAUGCGUGCGCCGCAGAGUGACGGAGUGCAUGGUAGCCAAGGACAUCAGGGUCACCAAGGCCAUCAAGGCUACCACAGCGACGUGCCCCAUGGGAACCAAGGAUUCCGUGGCUCGCAAGGGGACGGCAUACAUGGUGGCCAAGGACACCAAGUGUACCAAAGUGAACCGCAUCACGGCAACCAGGGUUUCCGUGGCUCCCAGAACGACGGCCACCAGGGGUACCAAACUGACGUCCCUCGUGGCAGCCAGGGUCAGCAAGGCUACCAGAGCGACGGUGCCCGCGGCAGCCAGGGCUUCCGCGGGUCCCAGGGCGACGGCAUCCACAGCCAGGGCCACCAGAGCUACCAGGGCGACAUGUCGCACGGCUCGCAAGGCUUCCGCGGCUCCCAGGGCGAGGGGCUCCCGCACAGUCACAUGCAGCAGUCUUACGGAUUCCGCGGCUCCCAAGGCGAAGGGCUCCAGGGCCCCUACGGCCUCCGCGGCCCCGAAGGGAUUCCCGGGUCCUACGGCCAGAGGGGCUCCCACGGGGAGGGGCUGCAGAGCGCCCACACCCAUAGGGACUCCCAGGGGCUGCGCAAGUCGCAGGGCCUGCGGGGCUCCCAGGGCGAAGGACUGCCGGUGUCUCAGGGCAUGCGGAGCUCGCAGGGCGACGGCUAUGGCUCCCAGAAGCUGCACCACCGCUCGCAGGAGCUGCGCGGCUCGCACGGGGACGGCCUGCACCGCGCGCACCCCCCGCCGCCGCAGCAGCCGCCGGGCCCCGGUCACAGUGGCGUGGAGAGGCUCUUCUGAGCGCCCAUCGCCCUUUGCUCAAAGUCCAAGCCCUUGUCCUGCAUCGGUUACCUUCAUUUAGCGUCUGUGUUGUAGCUGUGCAGUGGUGGCUGUAAUUUUCUUUCCUUCCGUUAACAAUAUUGACUGUAAAUAUCUAGAUUUUAAGAGUCUAAAAUUUGAGUUGGGACAAUCCAUGGCGAAAGAAUCAAAACAAUAGAACUGCACGCUUUGUCCCGCCACAAUGUGAGCCUCUGGAAUUGAACGUAGCUCUUGUGUAUACUCGUGUCAGGGUGUUGUGUUAAGGGAGCGCCCCAAGGUUUGACUAAAGUCGGCGUUAAGCCACCGUGAGAACGUGGAUACCCAGAUAUUUGGAAAAAGAUGGUUGUGAAAGGUCAGUAAUAAACUGAUGUUUCUCUUAACUUAUUACGCCUGUGCCAAUAUCUAUGUAAUAUGUGUAAUAUAUGUCGUGUGCAAACAUGUAUGAAUAUACUGUACAGAUAGACCCCACGAGCCUCCUACUCUAUCUAUGUUAGGCCUUUUCUGUGAUCUAUAUAAAUAUUAAUGUCUUAAGCAUCUUCAAUAUUUUCCAUCGAACUUGCCUCCCCGCCUAUUUCGGAGAAGUUUCGCUGUGGGAAAACUACACAUCAAAAACUGUUAUGUAUAUAAAUAUGUAGUAUUUGUAAAUACUUUUAGGGGAAAAUCGUUGACUUUUAUGAAUUUUCCUUUCGGUGUAAUUAAUCCUAUUUUGUUUUUUAUGUCUAUGUGCCUUGAUACGAGCUGUACCCAUCUACCCGACUUCCGAUCUCCUUCUAGGCAGUUCCUACUCUGAAUCCGACCCAAGCAUGUAAACUUCCAAGACAGUUGGUCUCCUUCCGCUUUACGAAUCCUCGAAUCUCGCAUUCUCGACUUAGUUCAUCAAACGCUCAAUAAACUUGGUUUUGUGAUAGAUGUUUUUUUGUGAUAGAAACUUCCUUAGAUAGAAAUAAAUUUCAACGGCGCACAUUGACUGAUGGGGCAAUGUGCGCUCGGAAAAUUGAUGCAAUGUUA